CUCUGCCACAACAGUGGGAUAAGCCCCGUGGACCAAAAAUUCAGCCAGAACCAAUCAACUAUGGUCAUAGCCAAACCAGGAAAUGCUAACAGAAAGAGGAAACCUCUCACACCUGUAUUUGAUGAUAAUAGGAAAAUUUCACUUCACAGCACAGAUGUUACAUUCUUACAAUCACUUCAAAACUGUCCUUUAUCAUAUUUGUCUACAAUGCCUGAAGAGACAAUACAGACAGACUGUGGUAAACAGUACCUUGGAUCAGCUCUGGCAUAUCAGGUUCCACUCAUGCAGCCAUUAGAGCUACAGGGUCACAAAACUGAUUGUGGAAAUCUAUCAAUGCCAUUCCAGCCAAAAAUAGAAGUACCGGACCUGGUGUUAAAUAAUAGUGAUAAAUGGGCUAUGUUGGUAAAAUCUCAGGAAGAAGCAGAGGCCUUAGAAAUGUCCACCAGAGAUCAAAGCCAUUCAACAGUAUGGCAUAAAGAAAGAGAGAACAGAAUCACUGCCUCAACAUUUGGGAAUUUUAUGAUUCGUAAAGCUGAUUUAAAUGAUAAAUUUGUAAGAAACACGAUACAGCCCUUCAAAGUCCUUCAAAUCUGUGCCCACUUCAUAUGGCAAAAAUAGUGAAAGAGUCGCCAUCAACAUGUAUCGAAAAAAAACAAAGAAUCAUGUACAUGAAUGUGGAUUUGUAGUGAAUCCCCUAUUUCCAUUUCUUGGUGCAACCCCGGACGGGAAGGUCUGUCAAAAUGGACAGUCUGGUAUAUUGGAAGUAAAGUGCCCCUAUAUGAUCAGAGACUGGAACAUUUUAGAUGCGUUAAGGAACUUUGAAAAAAAGAAUAACUUGUUUGUUGAGGAGGUAAAUGGAGAGAUAUUAUUAAAGCGCACACAUAAGUACUGGUACCAAGUACAGGGACAGCUUUUAGUAACAGGGGCAGAAUUUUGCGAUUUUGUAACUUUUACAAAGAACGAUCUUAAUGUGGAAAGAAUUUUUAUCCAAAUAAAACUGACAUGAAAGAAAUAUUAAGUAAAAUGUCUGCAGUAUAUGUUGAGUAUGCUAGCAAACUCUGAACUCACCAUUGACAUUGUCAUUUUUCAAAUGCAUAUUUGUUACAGAUUGAGGUUGAUCUGUUGUUACUCCUUGAAAGUUGUAUUGCUGGCUAUUUUCUUCAUCACUGAAAUGUUUAUCAGUUCAAAUCAUAUUAUCACAAUUACCUUAUGAUUCAAUAGAAUAUUCUUAUUUUGGCAAAAAAUGUACAUGUAUCUCUUGUUAAACUUUUACAAUUAUAACUAUCAAAUUAACUUUUAAAAAUGUUACUGUUAUAAUAAAGUUUACCUACAGGUAUAUUUAAUGCACAUUUUACACUUGAAUAUUGUUUAAGUUAUGAUUAAUAUACAUGUUUACAUGUAUGUGUAAAUACUUACUUAGUUUGUAAUUGUGAUAGGAUUUUGCGCCGCUUUUUGGGAGGCUCUGACAUAGGUCUAGGUUUUGGUGGAGCUCUGCAUGGUGUGUGCUUAGCUGCUGAACCUGUACAACUGUCUGCUGGAUAAGGGUCGGGGUAUUGCUCAGAUGGCCCUCUUUCAGGGAAAUGCUGCAAUCAAAUUGUUAUAGCUUACUGUAUUAAAACUUUUCUGUUGGUUUAUAUCCUUUUUGCAGAAAUAAAAUAUGUUUAACAGGAAAAUGUGUUGUUUUAUCUUUUAAAGAUUUUUUCAUUUGUGAAAAUUUGUCUGAACCAGAUAUUUUACAAUAAUGAAUUAUUGCAUAUAAGCUCCCAAAAUUGGGUAUAGACUUCCAGUUAGCGUGACUAGUUAAGUAGGAAACAAUUAACUGUAUUAAUUUGAAUAUGAUUAUGGCCAGCACACCAGUGUGAGGGUGAACGGUCUUGGUACGAAAUGUCUGUCACCCAGUCCACUUUUUCACAUAUUCCAAACAAACAUAUAGACUGAGCGUAGUCAGUGCAACUCGUGACAGAAUGGAUUCCAUUCAGCUGCUGAAAGUAUUUCAAAUUUGUCGAGGCCUUAUGCAAAAUUAAAUACGCCGUCUGAAACAAAACCGGCCAUGAAAAUGAUAAGCAAAAACAUUAUACCCCACCCACUUUCAGGAACAUUUUCCUAGUCUACACGGUUUAGAACUUAGAAAAUUAUACAAAAAACAAUUUAAAAAAACUUCGUUCUUUCCUUAAUUU